AUGGUGGCUGGAAGCACAGAAAAUCGAAAAAGAGAUAACUUCAUUGCCGAUUUGGAUGUUGAUUUACGUGAGGGAGAUGUUAAAAUUGGAAUGAAAGGAACCAUACCGAGUAUAUGUUUUUCGGAGAGGGUUCACGAUUCAAUUGAUGAAAAACUCUCCAAGUCGAUCAUUGUACGCUUGCUGGGGAAGAAGAUUUGUUAUAACGCGUUACUGAACCGUAUCCAAAUUCUAUGGAGAACCGCGGGGGAGAUACAGUUAGUGGAUCUGGAUAAUUACUAUUUCAUCGUUCGAUUUGUUUUAGAGAAUGACUAUUUCAGUGUGUGUCUGGAGGUCCUGGAUGGUGUACGAUUUCCCUACAAGUAUUACACGAAGAGUCUAUUUAGGGUGAUUGCAGGCGCUCUGGGGAAGAUUGUGAAAAUAGACUACAAUACCACGGAAGGGAAGCACGGUCGCUUUGUGAGACUCGCCAUUGUUGUCAACCUGGAAAGGCCUCUAAUUCCUGGAAUUAGGAUUGAUGGAAGGUAUCAAGUUGUGGAGUACGAAGGACUACCGACUAUAUGUUAUCAAUGUGGUAAGUAUGGUUAUGUGAAAGAGUUUUGCAAUGGUGGAAGUGACCGGGCUAGUACUGCCAUCACAAAAGUUGCUAAUGAGUCCAUCACUCCAGAGGAGCCUUAUGGACCAUGGAAGCAAGUGGCAAGCCGGAAGCAAAAAACUAUUGCUGGAAAGAAGAACUCUACUGUUUCAAUCACUGUUGAGGAUCAAGGCAUUGGUAGAGGUUCUCGGUUUGAGACGCUAGCUAGUGUAGAAGAGAAUAUUGCCCAACAAAAUAUUUCUCAGAACAAAGGGGGGUAUAGAGAAACGGUAAAAGGAAGGAAGGAAAACGGUGAUUAA